AUGGCAGAGACUCCCAUCAAAAUUAUCUUCCAGUUAGGACAAGGCCAGGGCGGACAGGAUGGUAGCGUAAGUGCCAAAGAACGACGCUCACAUGCUGCUCGCAUUGGCCGCCUUGGUUCGACGCAAGCAGCUGGCAGCACUAUGAACAAGAACCAACCCUCGAAACAUACUGUCCGAUAUCCGGCUCCGCGAACACAAGCUCUCUAUAGACUGAGCGUUCGAAAGCCAAACUACGCAAGCAGUUCCGGUUCUGGCUCCAAAUCCAACGCUUCCGAUAGUUCCAGUUCAUCAGAUGAAGAGAGACAGCUCACACCGCCACCGCUGGUGCUCAAUGGCAACUCAGAUCCAUUCGCCAUGCUACCAAUCAUCAUCACACCACUUGUGAACCAGUGUUUGACAUUCAUGCGAGAGGCGCUAUACCCCAGUAUAUACUACAACUCCUUCUUUCGUCGGCUAUAUGGCAGCUCACAUGGGCCGAUUAACGUUCUACAAGAUAACACCUGGCUACCUGCGCAGACGGCCCGGCAAGACUGGGAGACAGCCGCGGGCAGCCUGACUUCUGAAGGGCAGGCACUGGCCUGUAUUGCUAGCUUCCUCGGCAACAUGGCCCCCUUAAUGCCCGAGGCAGGGCGUCUCAAAAUCCGCCGUGAAGCUCUAAUCUAUACCACCAAGAGCUCGCAGUUAUUGCGAAGAUCUCUGGACAAAUUACCCGAUGCUGGCGGUAAAAGUGUUCUCCUCCGAGAUCCGAGUCUGAUCACCCAUGUCUUCUGGCUGUUCCGCGCCGCCGUGUUCUCUGAAAACAAAUCCUCAGUCGCCGUGCACGGCAAGGUCCUAGCCCAUAGCAUCAUGCGGGGCUUUGAUGAGGGUCUCGUUGACCACUUAAUGAUUAUACAGGCUAUCAAUGCAGACUGUGAUGACGCCACGAAAUUUAUGCGCCGCACCCACUUCGAUCCAGACUGGUACCGGACGAUUAUUCAGCCAAUAUGGGCGAUGGCUGAAUAUAUCCUACCUCCUAUUCCCGAGGCCGCCUAUGUUAACAUCAACCCUACCAUCGAGAUACCUGAAGUGCAAGAGAUAUUUAUCAACUCGCUCCGUCAAGCCGCCUACUGCGAGGAUGGAAUGCAAGUGCCCCACGAAGCAUGGGGUCCACUGGAGCAAAGACAGCUUGCAUUCGCCUGGUUCGUCACACAGAGCGAAUACACCAUGUCAAAACUUCUUCAAAUCUACUUCGAUCUCCGAGACGGUAAUUAUGUACCAUACCAAACUGGAGCUCAGCAGACACCGACACCAGGUCAGCGACUGACGCAGAUGGGGCUGGCGUUGGGAUUACUUUACUACGUUCGCGUUUUGGGCCACGAGACGAAAAUCAAUGGCCAAGACAUUCGAGACUCCUCGCCUGAAAUCAUAAGGCAUUUGAGAUCCACGAUGCAGCAGAUGUCGGUCAUUGCCACCGAAGACGAAAAGCAGCAUUACAGGGAGGCGCAUGCGUGGGUGUACUUUUUGGGCGCAUUUGAAGAGGAACGCAAGGGGAUACCUCCAACGUCGACGUGGUUUCAGCGCCGCCUCGCCGAACACGUCAAUGUCUCGCGCGAGAAGGGCUGGAAUACUUCGUCUAGCUGGAUCGAAUACCGCCGUAUUUUCCGCACGUUCCUUUAUACGGACUGGGCUUACCCUAGUGGUUUCGCAUGGUUCGAUCGUAUCGUCACCAUGCACGCUACGCCAGUAUGA